AAAGGAUUAACAAAAAUUGCUUUAUUUUUCUUUUUUCAAUACCUCUCAACUUAUCCAACGAAUAAAGCUAUGGUUUUAGAAAUCAGUAUCACCCACCCUACCCUAGGUAAGUACAGUUCCGAUCACCUGAUUUCCAGUGUCUUUUAUGCCUUGACUUUGGUUGACCUUUCAUCGCACGAUGGAAGGCAAAUGGCUAAAGGAGUCCGCAGAGAGAUUUUUGAAUGUUCUAGCACGGAUACCCUUCUUUUAUUCACUGGAAAUUGUUUAUACUUAUACAACUGAGACCAAGAAUUCCACGUUUCUCGGAUUUUUUGGUUAUGUGUUUGGUUUGAUAGGACUAUUUGCUGAUUACGAGUUACUCCUCUCCUUCUAUGGCUGGCUGUUCCAAGCUGCCGUCACCUAUGCUAUAUACAGCCUUGUUGGUGAAGUGCAUUACUCUGAGAAAGACCAAGCGAUUACUAGUAGUCCUGGUCUUUUUAACUACCUUGACAAUGUGGUAAAUGAUAACCACUUCUAUGGGCAGAUCAUCGUUGCAACAGGGCUCAUGUUUACAUCACAAGUAAAAUGGGCAGAUCUCGGAAUUACAAGAAUGGUGUGUCUGAUGUUGGUUAUUCCCUUUGGAGUUGACCUCCUUGUUAGACCACUUCCUAAACAACUACAAUUUGUCCCAUAUAUUUGCUAUGUGUUUAUCUUCUUGUACUCCUCCUAUCUGGUUUACAAAGGCAUUGAACUAGCUAUAAGAUGUCUUCAAAGUACUAAAGAAGCCAGCAAUAAUUUUUGGAGAAUGGCAGAAACUUUAGGCUGGAUACCGCUUUUUCGCUUACACUGGAACAGAGUUGAAAUGUCACGUGUUAUGGUGUUUCUAUGGUGGAUCAAGUUUGCACUGAGAGUUUCUAUGCAAAAGCAGAUAAACUGGUUCUGGUUCUUUGCAAGCUUUGGAGAAUCCUGCACUACUUUGCCAAACCUACUAGCUGCAAGUAUAGUUGUCUCCGAGAUUUCUCGCAGUAUACUUUACCACACCCAGCUUUGCUUAAAAGCCCAGCCAUACCAAAUCAAUGAAACUUUGCAUGGGUUUGGUGUUAAUGAAGGGAUUGCAUUCUUUAUUCUUAAUCUUCAAAUAGGGCUCGUUCAAGGAGGAAGCAAGGAGCAUUCUCUUGUGAGUUGUCUGGUCAUGUUUGUGACUUUGUCAUUGCUUAUACAAGAUGCAUUUGACAUAACUGAGCCUAUCCUCGGAAUGCUUGGGGUUACAUAUGCAGGAAAAUUUACAAUGGCGCACUGCAGAGCACUGCUGGUGUCUUUAACCAUCCUGAUAUUACCAUGCUAUCUUGUUUAUGUCAUAUGUUCAACGUUUGCUGCAGGAACCUGGUUGUUCGUGAUCAUUUCCAACAGUCUUGUUACAGUUGUUCAGCUUAUUGGAGCAUUGAGUAUCUAUGGCUUGUUUGUGCUCAAUGUCCAUAAAGAACGAAGCUGGGAGAAUCUUGAUGACUAUGUGUACUAUAUCAAUGCCGUGUCCAAGGUCUUUGAGUUCCUUGUUGCACUGGGGGUGGUGGCAUAUAGCACAUGGUCAACUGUUACAAGAGAUUGGAGCCUUGUAGGUACCGGCAUUAUAUGUAUCCAUGCCUAUUUCAAUGUUUACAGCAGAGCAUUAGAGGGCUGGAACAAUUUCUUAUGUCGUUUGAGUGCUGUGCGUAAAGUCAAGUCUUUGCAAUCUGCAACUGAGGAGCAGCUACGGCUUCACAAUGACAUCUGCCCCAUCUGUUAUGAGGACAUGAAGAGUGCAAAAGUCACUAAGUGUUUGCACUUUUUCCAUGGGAAGUGUCUGAAGAAAUGGUUAUAUGUUAAGAACAAGUGCCCACUGUGUCAUACAGACAUUACCCCCAGUGACUGACUAUUGCCAGUAUUGCAGCAUAUGGCGGCUGUUGGUUGAGAUCUGCUGCAGUGUAGAGUAUGGCUGCGGUUGGGUGAUAGUUACAGAGCAAAUACUGUUUGACUGGCAGUUUUUAUAGUAGAAUGUAUAGAAGUACUGUGUGGGGUACUGUGUAUGAUGGGUGCCAUCAGACCAUAGAUCUUACCACACCAAGUACAGUGUAUAUUUUCAGCCAUUUGCUGUUAUGUUACAAUAAUGGAUAUUUAGAUGAAAAUGGAACCUAUUUGGAAUAAAAUACUACACUAAUUAAUGUCAGGCCUUUAGCUAUUUUUUAUUUUAAUCAAAGUAGUUUACAUUAUUGAUGAGAAUGACAUUUUAUUUCUUGCUCAUAAAACAUUUUCACAUUGUGUACUAUAAAAGAAACAUAUUGUAAAUAAUGUAUAUUAGAUUCACAAAUCAAAUAUGAUUAUUUAUUGAUCUAGGAAAUUAUUGAUAAUAUUGGUAUUGCAUGUUAUUUUUAUUAUAGCAUUACAAAUGAUUAUAUAUGGUUUUCACAAUGUUGCACGCACAUUCAAAAUGCUAAAGACUGGAGGGCCACAGCUGAUCCAAAAUGGGGACGAAGGGGAAUGUGACUCCAAAACUCAGCGAAAGUAGCACUCUGGCAGCAUUUUCUAUAGCUUUGUCAGUAAACUCCACUUCGUAAACCAUUUUAGAUCAGCUUUGGCCCAACAAUCCUUGGCAUUUUUGAUACACAAGCAACAUUUGUCUAUUGCUACCUUCAUACAAUACAACUAUAUUUCUGGCAAACAAUAUCUUGUCAACUGGAAUCACAUGAUCUCUCACCCCCAAACAAAAGAAUAAAAGAAAAUGAUUUAAGAUAAAA